GUUGCCUUCUGGCUGGACAAUCGGUGCCAAAUAGCGCCCAGGGAAACAAAUAGCAAUACAGAACUCCAUAGAUGCGGUUGAUGCACGUACAGAAUCACAGUUUGACCGAAAAGGAGAGUGGAGGAAGGUGACAGGCUGAGAGUGGGCAUCUGGGAGCCUCAGCAAAGGAACCAGCGGCUAUGUGUGCACACACAGGUGCCACAGGCCUGGCGCCCAGAGCUCUGUCUUUGCAGCCUCCCAGCUCAGCACAAGCGGCAGCUUGCUGAAACUGCAGCCGCGGCAGAGCGUGGGUAUUCCCAGCCACCUCCACCCGAGGAAGAGCCAAAGGAAAGGGCGCGAAGGGGGAAGCAUGGCGUGGCAGGGGUUUGGGGCAAGACCCACAGCCUCAUCUUGGAGCUCCUCUGGUGAGAACCUGUACUCAGCGUCUGUGCUCCUCCCUUCUCUUCCCAACUCUCGGUGAUCAUCUCCAUCUCCCCUCGCGCAUCCCUUCCCCCCCUCCUGCCUUUCUUUGCUCUCCCUCCUUGCCGCGUGCCUGCUCCCCUCCCCCUCGCCUGGCUGCUCUGGGCAGCAGCAGCCUCAGCAGCCCCGGAGAUGGGCAGAGAGCGCGCGGGGCGCUGCAGCUCUGGAGCAGCGGCUCUCCCCGUCCCCGGUGCCCUGCGCCCCUGCUGCCGCUCUCGCCGCCUGGCUGUCCCCCGACUCCAGCUCUGCUUCUAGGACAGCGCCGCCACCGCCGCAAGCCCUCGUCCCGCCUGCGCUGCGCUACCCUCACGCGCCCUGGAUGGCGCUUUCCCUGGUUGGGAUGGAAUUGGCAAAAAAAUAAGAAGAAGACCAUUUAUUGUUCACUGUGUGUUUGUUACUGACUCCUGUAGACUCGCUUCAAUCCCAUGAGAAAACCAGCAAGGACCUCAACACUUCUCAUGCAGAAAGAAUGCAGAUUUAGAAUGUGACAACUCAAGCAUCUGAUAACACAGUGGAGUAGUUCAACAUCCGUCUCUCUGCUUCCCAUGCUGGUCUCUACAGUGUGAAAAAAAAGUAUGACCUCAACAUCCAAAGGCAUUCUCCGUCCAUUUCUAAUCGUCUGCAUUAUCCUGGCCUGCUUCAUGGCAUGUCUGCUCAUUUACAUCAAACCCACCAACAGCUGGGUCUUCAGUCCAAUGGAGUCUGCCAGUUCUGUGCUGAAAAUGAAAAAUUUCUUCUCCUCAAAAACGGAUUAUUUUAAUGAAACCACUAUUCUGGUGUGGGUGUGGCCAUUUGGGCAGACCUUUGAUCUUACAUCCUGCCAAGCGAUGUUCAACAUCCAAGGGUGCCAUCUUACAACAGACCGCUCACUGUACAACAAAUCCCACGCGGUCCUGAUUCACCACAGAGACAUCAGCUGGGAUCUGACUAAUUUACCUCAGCAGGCUAGGCCACCCUUUCAGAAAUGGAUUUGGAUGAAUUUAGAGUCUCCCACUCAUACUCCUCAAAAGAGUGGCAUCGAACACUUGUUCAACCUGACACUAACUUAUCGCCGUGAUUCAGAUAUUCAAGUGCCUUAUGGCUUCUUGACGGUGAGCACAAACCCCUUUGUGUUCGAAGUGCCAAGCAAAGAGAAGUUGGUGUGCUGGGUUGUGAGUAACUGGAACCCUGAGCAUGCCAGGGUCAAGUAUUAUAACGAGCUCAGCAAGAGUAUUGAAAUCCACACCUAUGGGCAAGCAUUUGGAGAAUACGUGAACGAUAAAAACCUGAUUCCCACCAUAUCUACUUGCAAAUUUUAUCUUUCUUUUGAAAACUCAAUUCACAAAGAUUACAUCACAGAAAAGCUCUAUAAUGCAUUUUUAGCUGGCUCAGUACCUGUUGUCUUGGGACCAUCUAGGGAAAACUAUGAGAAUUAUAUUCCAGCUGAUUCAUUCAUUCAUGUGGAAGAUUAUAACUCUCCCAGUGAGUUGGCAAAGUAUCUGAAGGAAGUUGACAAAAACAAUAAGUUGUACCUUAGUUACUUUAACUGGAGGAAGGAUUUCACUGUAAACCUCCCACGAUUUUGGGAGUCACAUGCAUGCCUGGCUUGUGAUCAUGUAAAAAGGCAUCAAGAGUAUAAGUCUGUUGGUAAUUUAGAGAAAUGGUUUUGGAAUUAAAGUUUCCAUCAUUUUCACAUUUUAUGAAUUAUAAUAAUGUAACAUCAUUCAAGUUGUGAGGAUAAGAAGAGAAACAAUUUGCUUUGUGUCACAGUUUAUUUUUAUCACCCUCUCUUGAACAACAUGUAUAUUUUGAUGGAAAUUUUUAAGAGCUCGAAAUUAGCAAUCAGUCCAUUUGGUUUUAAAUUAUCCUGUAUAUAUGUGAUAAUGAACACUGAAAAUAAUUUAUUCUUCAUUUUCAUUUGUAAACAUUCUUUUUCACAUUUUAUAGCUGCCUGUAAAGUAAAUUUAUGAUUCAAUUGUUCCUGCAUCAAUAAGAUCUUUAAACUGUUUGGGAAAUGGAAAUGUAUAUCCUAAAAUAUGAAAGAUUUUUACCAAGUAUUAUAAUGUCUAGAUUCUAGCUCUAUGAACAAUGUUAACAAAGAAGGAUCAGAGUAUCACUUCAUUCUUAACCUCAUUGACUUAACUGAUGUUGUUUUUACCUGUUUACCAUAUUUGUGAAGGCAGACUUACUCAUGUAGUAAAUAAGAAAGAUAUGAAGCAGAAAUGUUAUUAGACUUCACACUCAUUUUCAUUAAGUUGUUUUGCAAAUGCAGACUCUCAACAUUUUAAGUUAAGGUAUCCAAGAAUUUUGGGGCAUACAAUUUUUGUGAUAUUUUUAAUGCCUAAUAACAGCUAAGAGAAGCUUUGAUUGUCCCCUUUCAAAUCCUGAGCAUAGUCAUUGUUGUAAAAAUAAACAAUUUCCUCCUAUAACAAGGAAAAUAAUAUCUGCAAAUACAAAUAGACUAUAUAAAUGGUAGCAUUUACACAAUUUUAAUUACUUCUCCAUUUGAAUAUUUUCCCAAGCAUUUAAAAAUUUUAUUUUUCCAUAUUUGGUAAUGAAUGCAUAUAAAACUUAAAAGGUCUAUCCUUAUUUUAAAAAAACCUAAACAAAAUUAUUACCAAUGGGUCUAAUAUAUCAUUAAAUAUAAUAAAGUACGAACUUUCAAGGGACAGACAGUACUGACAUAGAGUAUGAUUUCAAUAUGUAUUUGUUAAAUAAAUUAAUUAACAGCAUUGAAAAGUCAUGGGUUAUUUUUGUUUGUUUCAGUAAAGGAACAGAUCUAGCCUAUGACUAUUAAUUGAAAGUGAUCUUUUUUAUUCCAUUUUUAAAAUUAUUCCUACAUAGCAUAUGUUGCUAUGAUAUUCAGGGCUUUGCAAAACCAAUAUAAACUUACUAUUGCACUGAAUUUGGGGGCAUGUUAUUCAUGAAUUUUCACCUGCCUUCAGAAAUUCUCUUCUGUAAGUUUAGCGGAGGUAGAUGGACAUAUGCAGAUGCAGUGGAUUAGAGGGAAAAAAAACAGAUACUGAGACUCUUACAGAAAAUUAUUCUCUAAAGGAUUCCUAAUGCUUGUGUUCUACUCUGGUCAAAAUCUACAGAAAAUGUAAUGUUCUGAUGACAUCUAAUUGGAUCUUUUGUGGCUCAUUUAUAAUUUUCCUAUUACCUGUUACAAUCAACAGAACUUACACUCACUCUCUACAUAGAUUAUUGGGGAAGAUAAAUUUCAGUUCAGUAAGCAAAAACUGUGUGUCCUGUGAAAGAAUGAGCUUCCCUGGCAAGGGAAGUAUUUGGGCAAAGAAAGACUUCAGAAUUAAAUAGAGACAUUGAACCUGUGUUCAUUUUCUUUUUAGACAUAAUUACACAGGUAAUGUUGUCAGCCCCAAACCAACACAGAAAUAAAAUAAAAAUGAAAACAUGUUUUCACUGCCAUAAAGGGACUGUGACACUGAGCUUUCUAUAAGCUCUAACUUGUACGACUCUCAAUGGAGAUUGUAUGAGUCAUUUGUUCAUUUAAUGAAAAGGAAAAAAAAAACUACUAGUAAUUUUAUCCAGUUGUUUAGCUACUCAACAUGUGUUGGAAUUGCAAGUUUUUCUACUCAUUUGACCCAUCAUAGAUUUUAUUUCUUCUGUCCACACAUUGUUUCAUAUAUAAAGAAAGGGUCUGUAUACAUGGAUAGUGCCUAAAGGCUCUAUCAUAUAUUUAUUUGUUUAAAAGUCAAUUUCAUAUGUGUACAUCUAUUCAUUAUGUUUUUGAUCCAUAAAAGGUAGGUACCUAAAUAUGCAAAGAGAAGCUUAGAAAGUGUUUUCUCUGAAAGCUGGAAAAUAAUCAGUAUUGUUUCCACCCACCAUUGCUAAACUGAAUGCUAAGAGCCUUGAAGGCAGUUGUCUCUUCUGUUGACAAUGAAUCUGAGUUUAUUCUUGAACUGAAACUACAACUAAAUGCCAGUAAUAUAAGCCAAGUCAAGGCAACAAGUAUUCCACUAGUGCAUCUGUACAUUGAAAGCCUAAUACCAAGCCAUGGAAAUGAGUGUAUGAACUUCAAGUGAACAGUGAAUGGGCCAGCUAUUUAACCAGAAGAAAUGACAGCAAUAUUCGUAAGUUAAGCUCUUCUGAUCUAUGAGUUAAUUAGAUAUAAAGACAUUAUUUACUCAUGACAUAUGUUGAAAGGACGUGAACAUGGUGAUAAUAGAGAUUAGAAUUUAAGGGUCCUAUGGUUAUUAAUCUCAUGUUUGUCUCCACCUCAUCUACACCUUAUUGUUCAAAUAUGUCCCAAUUCCUAUAAUGUGAAUAUAACAUUGUCACAUAGGAUGAUAUGUUCUGGGACUUCAACUUUUAAAUAUAUAGUAAAAAAAAAAUCCCUUAAGUGUUGACACUCUUUCUGAUUUAAUGUUUCUCCAGUUGACCUUUAGCAGAAAGAGUGAGCUUUUCUAUGUUUACAUGAGAGAUAACCAUUGAAAAGAUAUGCCAGUGACCACUUUUUAAUAAGUCCUGUGACUUACAGUUUUUUUAAGGAUAUCCAUGUGAAAGAUAGAUUGAGUCAACCAAUUUGGCUUGCUGUUGGUUAUAAUAAAAACAGAUAAUAUGCCUGAUAAUAAAUGAUGGCUCGAAAAAGACCAUGAACAAAUUUUCAUUCCAAGUGCAGAAAGUCAUUACAACCAGUGUUCUGAAUAUUUAAUCGUUAAUUAUUGCAGACCUUAUUAGUAAGAAUAUGUAAAUAAUUAUUUUAAACCUUACUGAUGAGAACAUGUACUGAAUUAUCCAUAUCCAUAUUUAAAGAAGGAAAACAUGACAGCCAUAUCUUGUAGGACAGCUAUGACUUGAUAUAAAGUAGAAACUAUAAAAAAAAAUCUUAGUAGCAAAGUAGCAACAGCUUACAAGGUUCAUAUUUACUGUGAAAAGCAUAGCCCUGGAAUAUGUGGAGCUUAGACCAAAAGCCUUGAGGUAUAAAAUGAUAGAUUACUUAAGGAAUUAUUUGCUGGGCCUUUAAAUUCUUUCUUCUAAUGAGAGAUUAAAUAAGAGAGGAACAAAAGCAGAAAAUAAAUUACUGAGAUUUUUUUCACUUGUCUAUUUUCAGACUAGAUUCCAUGGCUGUUACUCACCCAGAAAGUGUUUGAUGUGAAUUAAUGUUUCAUAAAAGUUAGUUCUCCAUGAUUACUUUGUGUUUGAUCAUGUCUGCCGCCUCUCAUAAACUCUAAUAUCAAGGGAAGGGGGUGUUAAAAAUUGUAAUCAAGCUACUGAAUACAAUAGACUUUAGAAGCUAAAGGAUAAGUAGUUCCUGAUGAAGGAGGGGUUAUUAACACAUGCCUAAUAAAUGAUUACAUCAAUAAAAUUAGUGGGCAUGAAAAAUACUUUUAAUGUCAAAAUACCAGCUUCUUCCGGCUAAAUGGAGAUAAUUUUUAUAUUAACUUUACUGUUCCCCUUGCUCCCUGGAUAGAGAGGGCAGACAGUAUAAGUUCUUAUCAUGCUUUAAGAACCCAAAAGAGAGCCUGGAGAGAUGGCUCAGAGGUUCAAUUCCCAGCAACCUUCUGGGUGGCUCAAAGCAUCUAUAAUAGAAUCUGAUUACCUCUUCUGACAUAUAGGUAUACAUGCAGAGCACACAUACAUACAUACUCAUACAAGUAUAUAAAAUUUUUAAAAAAGAACCCAAAAGAAAUAGAAUGUUAAGAAAGAUUAAACUAGAUUUGGAAAUUGUUGGUAUUCUACUCUUCAGCUGUUUCUAGUAGAAAGAAAUUAUUAUGUAAAGAGGAUACAAAAUGAAGCACCAUGAUAAGCAAAUAUAUAUUAUCGAACUGUGAGGAGAGAAAACAGUUAUACUCUUCAUCCUUUGCUACUUGCACUUGUUGCAUUUUGAAAAUAUUGCAAACAUCAGUCAGUCAGGUGAUUUCUGAUUGUAGCCAUCUCUCCUCCAGAGAUUUUAUGGUACUUUGAAAUUGGGUAAACUCUGCUACUAUCCGAAGUGUGGUCCCUCUUUGUAAUUCAUAUUCAAUCACAUAUAUUCAUAAACAGUUAAUAGAGUCUAAGUGGGAGACACACUGUUAAACUAGAAAGAUAAGUAAUUCUACCCUAGGCUAUCAUUGCAACAAAUUGUAGCAUUGAGAAAGUAACUUAACCUCUAUGGAUGACUAUGUCUGUAAGGAUUCCCUCAGCACCACUGCUCUUUAAUGUAAGGCCUAAAUUGAUGUGUGCAUAAAUUUGAAUUUCAAAUUUCCUUGACCAUCUAGAAAUAUUUUUGAAAGUUAAUACUCUAAAUAGAAUUUCUUCUUAUUUCUCUACAAAAAUAUAUAAAUAUUUAAAGCAUGAAACUGGUUAGUCUAAUAAUGAAAGGAACAUAAUCUAGCUUCUUUACUGAAACUUACAAUGUAGCAAGUGCUCAAUUAACUAAUCUUUUUCCUUUAUAUUCUUCUUCUUAGGUCUUUUGUAACACACUUUUUUGAGAACUUGAUUUCCUGUAGAAAAUCAACCAUAUACUGAACCCUGUUCUAAAACUUUUCAGAUUUUUCUGUACUAUUAAAAAUCUUACUAUAGUAAUCAAAACUAUUUAUUGAUGCAAAACUCAGGAAGUCAGUGGAAGUACAUCAGGCUGUUCUUCAACAACAGGAAUAUACAGUUUGAGUGUAUAAGAUUGUGAGUGUGUAUUUAGAAAUUUUAUACUUUUAACCCAUGACUAACUAAUGUUCAUUCAUUUAACAUACUUUGAAUGUAUUUUACUUUAAAAUUAAAUUCCCUACCAAUAAUUUUUAAAGCAUUACACAAAGCAUUGUUCCCAAGCAAUGUGAUCUAGAAUUUGUAAAAGAAUUUACUCAUAACUGACAACUGAUCCCUGUUCCAUGCAAGUGGAACCACUCCAACUAAGAAUCAAAAAGAAGGAAUAAGGAAGAAGCCAUGCUAUUAGUACAAAAUUAUCCUGUGCUUGCCAGGGGUUCUCAGACUCACAUCUGCCUUGGGGACUCCCUAUAUCAAUGGUAUAAGAAUCAUUUACAUGAUUUGAAAUAUCGUUAUGAUAUAUGACAUUGUUGCCCUAGGUCCACAAUUUUAAUAACUCCCUAGACAAUUCUGACAUGUUGCUAGUUUUGGUAGUCUCUGUCCUGCUUAUUAAAUAGAAAUCAUUCUAUAUUGAAACAAUACAGACAUAAGAUACUACCAUUUUUAGCUAACUUGGAAUCUUCUUAGAUAUAUUGAUAGGUAUUAUUGUAUUUCAUAACUCAAGAUUUUCCACAUGGUUAAUUAUGUCUUGCACAGUUGUACUGUUCUUCAGCUAACACUAUGAUUUAGGACAAACUAUUUACCAUUUCUAGCUGUUUACCUGGAGAAUUUUUCUUUUACUCUUUCCCUUAGUUUUUAAAUGCUUUUUUUUUAUUUUUCAGCAUAAAAACAAGGGUAGACAGUUAUAUGGAUCUCUUACAGCCAUCAAACCAUUCAACAUGCUUGACCAUUGCUUUUCUGGGUCUCAGAAGCCUGUGUGACAGCUAGGAUAUGGCAACAAGUUAUAACACUGUAGGUUGUCCACAAUGAUGAAUUCAAAAUUAAAUGUGAGCUAUGCUAUUCAUUAGCUGUGCUUGAGCUCUUCAUCUCUGUUAGUAUCAGGUUCUGUGUAUGUAUAAUAGGGGUAGCCUAUUUUACAAACAAAUGAAUGCACCCCUAAAAUAAUAGACCAUGAUAUAUACAUAUAUUUAUAUGUAUGUGUGUGAGUGUUCCACCACUAAGGUACACUCUCAGUUAUAAAAGAAAAUAAGAGAAAUCUAGAACAUAUCCAAAUUUCAGCUCUAACAUCUGUUGGUGUUUAGCUGGAAGCUCACAAAAAUUGAUGAAAAUUUAAACAAUCAAAGGGCAAAUACUGAAUAGAAGGGAUAUGCACAAACACAGUGUGGAAACAUGCAGUAACAUCUACUGGAAUUAGAAAGUACUGGGAGGGGUUCUGGGUUGUGGCAGUGAUGGAUAGACAGCUUGCCUCACUAAGCACAUAUAGCAUCUCCUAAAAUAAGCAGGCCUUCUUUUGUUCACUGUUAUGAUAAAUAGGUAAAUUAAUAUUAAUUUAGCAUGUUAGCAGUCCAUACAGCUAAAGACCAAGGAUAGAAUAGCAGAUACAUUCUCAGAGAUCAUUUUUCUGGUGAGGAAAUUUAGAAAUAUCCAACAACCUGACUGAAUACUUCACAUCAACUGCUGGCUUAGGCACAGAACCAGCUAAGGGUAAUUUACAAGAGAACCCCACCUCCCUUUACCUUUCCUAAAGAUUACAGAAAAUGAAAGAGUCAAAAUGUUAAGAUAUAAGCUCAUUAAACAGAAAUUAAUUUGUUCAGUGAUGCAGAAAUGAAAUAAUUUAGCCAGGCUGUGAUUAAGACUCUGCUAACUGCAUGAUAAGUGGGGCUUUGACACGAACAGUCUCAGCUGUGUGUGUAUGUGUGUGUGUGUGUGUGUGUGUGUAUACAUAUAUAUAUAUAUGUAUAUAUAUAUAUAUAUGUGUGUGUGUAUGUAUAUAUACAUAAUGUUUAAGUUCAAUGUCCCAAAAAGAUAGAUUUAAGGAAUAUUUUCACCUGUAAAAAAAGAGUGAUAUUUAAGAUAAUAUAUUAAUUUUUUAAUUCUGUUUCUUUAAAAGAUAUUAGAAAUGUUAUAUCUUAUUAGAAAACCUCAAAAAUUGAAUAUUUACUGAAUUCUCAGGCAACUGAAUAUUUUUGAAUUAAUUGAAUAUGUAAUGGACAUCAAAUAAGAGGCUAAAGUUUUAAUUGUAAAAUCAACCAGUGAAAAAAAAAGUGUUGCAGGUGAUUUCUAUAGAAUCUAAAAUUGGAGAAGCAUGUUAACUUUUUUACUCAUGCCUAAAUGCCAUUUUGAUUAAUGAGGAUGUAGCAGCUAGAUAAUCAGGCUUGGCAAAAAUGGUUCACAAAGACUCAAUUAACAUCCAAGACCCAAGACUCCUUAUUCUGUAAGAGAUACAUGCACAUUAAAAUGUAUCCCCUGUCUCAAACUGACCUCAUUAGCUCCCUUCAGCCCAUAGUUGAGACAACCCUUGAGAUGACAUCCUUGUCAAUGUAAGAUCACCAAAUGAGUGCUCAUGUGGGUAAGGAUAUUAUGUAUCUCCAUGGACUAUGUUGAGACCAGAGUCCAGACUACUUAAUUGUCUACAGAAAACUGGAAGCCAUCUAUCCAUAAGAAAACAUAUGAUUUAUCACAGAUUCUAAUGCAUUGUUUUAAAAAAAUUAAUCAAAGGACAAUAUUAUGUUUUUCUUCCUUUUCUUUUUCUGUGUCUUAAAAUCAUGUGGAUAAUAGAGUGUGACAAUAUAAAAAAAAUGUUUUAUAGAGUUCCUAUGAAUCAAAGGAGGUAUGGGGGAAGGUAAAAGGCAACAUACCCCCUUUCAUAAAUACACUGACCAUACUUUUAAAAUUCAGUUAUCUUUUCAGUAAUAAUGUGGUUUAUUCCCUGUCUGUACCAGCAUGGGAUGAAGAAGUGCUUUCAAAACACAAGAUAAAGGGAUAACAAGUCUAAAUUCAGACCCAGAUUUACAUCAUGCAGAAAGAAGAAAUCAGCAAGAAGAAACAAGAAAAUGUGAAGUAAAUUCAUGAUCAAGUCCAUUUUAGCUUUUAGCACCUAUGGUGUAAUUUGCUAGCAUUUCUGAGCCACAGAUUUCUCUUCUGUUAUCCAAAUGUGACAGACUGUCAUUAGAUUCACCUAAGAAACUCAUAAAUAUGGAAAUUGAUCAGAAAUAUGGGCUAUCAUAUACUCUAGACUUUUCCUCCAUGCUUUUUGCCAAGUGGCUAUGUUCUAUGACUGGUAAGGAGUCGGACCCUUCCAUACAAAGCUUGGAAUAAAGUGCUGCUAAAGAAGAAAGCUAUAGUGACGAUCCACAAAGGAAGAACACAGAAUGUGCCUAUCACCUUGAUUCUGUUCAAUGUUGCCAUAUAGACCAUAGCCAACACUUGAGUAGUUCACGUACUUUUCAUAAAGGGACUAAUACUCAAGGAAUGGAGGGCAAAGCAAUCACACUAAAACAAAAUGUGCCAAUUCUUCCAAUAUGUAAAUUUUAAGAAUCAGUAAUGAAUAAACUACUUCGAAAGCAAUUGUAUGUUUUAUUAUUGUAAUGUAAUUUGCACUAUGAUAUUGUCAUGUUCAAGCAAAUUUAAAAUACUCUGAUAUCUAAUGCCAAAUGUACAGUUCAUAGGUUCAUGUUAUUUCUUAUAAGAAUUACAUUGCAUUGUGCCAGUUGAUUAAUGCUAUUAACUUGCCCUGGGUGUAUUACGAUGCAGAUCCAACAGGGUUGUUGUAAGCACACUAAUUAGUCAUCUAGGGUUUUAUAGAUAAAAUCACACAUUGAUCAGAAAUCACUUUUCUACUUAUUUUUUUGUAGAGUAUUUUUUCACACCUGAGAAAACAUGAUUAUUUUAUAUCAAACAUCAGUUUUUCUUUAAAAUCUUAUUUUAGUAGCCAAUGCAUGUUUGAAAUAAGAUGUUAAAUAUUAUAUGAUGAUAUUAAGGUUGUGUUUGUAAGUGAAAAUAUGCAUGCUGUAAUGAAUCAUGCAGGUUUGAGGGAGCGUUUUUCCACUGCCAUCUUCACAAGAGCUUUGUCUUAAUCUGUGCAUGAUUUACAUCCUUUCUAGAGUCCCCUUUCAGUAUUUAUGAAGUGAUAUGUGAGUCUUAUUGCUGAUGAGCCCCUGAGACAAGGUGCAAUACUGUUCUGUUUUAGUUUUUCUUCUAAUUUUGCAUUAUAGUGUUGUAAAUUUUCACAGAAAACUUUUUCUUGGAGUUGUUGGCAAUUAGCUACAAUAAAUAAAACAAUUUCUUGGUAAAUCUUACCACUGACUGCAUAGCAACUUAAUGUGUCAGAGCAUGAAGAUAUGAAAAAGUCAUUUUUACGAGUUCCAUUAUAUGAAUACAAUAUUCUGGCAGCUUUUUGUAUAAUCAAGAAAGGCUUAUCGUUUUUGAAACACUGCCAAAUCAGUACUACUGCCAAGAGGGAGAAGCAUUAAGUCAGACCUGCAUUACACUAACUUGAGCAAUAACAGACUAUCCAGACCACAGCCAAUUGGUACAGCAAAGAUGGGGGAAUUGUAGACCAAAACUUUUGUUUCUUAGUAAUUUGCAAAAUGUAAGAGUAUGAAUUUUGGCAAUAGAGUCAUGCUUUUACAUGCUGAUAAUUCAAAAUGAUCUUUAAAAUUAAAACUGAUCCCAUUCUGGGGAGGAUGUGUCCACGCAUUUUGUUUAUUUGGUCUGAUUUGUUUCAGAAUAUACUUGUGUUUUUGAAAGGCCUAAAUUCAAGCAGGUACUAUGUGUAGACCAACCUCUCCCUCUCCAUAUGAGAAGUCAUUUAUCAUAACACACAAUGGGUAGAACAUAGCUUUCAGUAAUUCAAAUCACCAGUAUAAACAUUUAUAAUGUUGAAAGGUGAUUUCACUGUUAUGUUAUCAAAGCAAUGGAAAUCCUAGCUUUCUGUUCAUUUGUUUAUCUACAGAAUAUUGCUUCUUUGAGGUCUAAUUUUAUCAGCAACAAUGAAGUUAAUGUAAUGCUAAGAAAAUUGACUCUAGUUACUAUUCCAAGUCAAAAUCCUGAAGCUGAGUCCUGAUGUAGUCCAAAAGAAAAGCAUUGAUUCACAUAAUGAGCAGCCAGCCUCAGAGAGGAUGACUACAACAGUCAUGAUAUCAUAAGUGUGAGCAGUCCAGUCUGCCACAGAAAGGAUGACUGCAUUGCACCAUUCAUUCAUGAUAUUGCAUUUGUGGGAAAGAAUAACUAUGCCAUUCAUUACACUGCAGGUGUGUAACAGUCAGCAAACCUCUGAUCUGCUCUCCUAGUUUGAUACUGCAUGCAUCCCUUCAUUGAGUUUACCUGUAAGUAACAACACUUUGUGGCAGCUAAGCAAAUAUUUUAAUAAGCCAUUAAAGGCAAGAUGUCAUAGGAAAUCUGUACUUUCCACUAUUUGGAGAAAUUGUACUUUCCAUAAAUUAAACUGGAAUUGCCAUUUGAAAUUUCUUUCCCUUAAAAAUAUGCCAUUACAAUGUAUGCUCCUGUUCAUUGAUGCCUUUUAAGCUUAUAACUAUAUGAUGUGACUGCUACAAUUUUGUGAAAUUUUGUUUAGCAAUCAAUGGUUUUUAUAACCUGCACAAAGAUUCCAAUGCAGAAGAAAAUGUGUAAAGAAUUUGAGCCUGUAUGUAAGAUGUCUCUUCCUUAUGUGACAUUUACUAUAUUCAAUGUAAAUACCUCACUGAUUUGACACUGGAGUUAUUAGAUGUGUAAAUAAUGAUGUUCUAUUUGGGCCUAAUGAAUUCCUGUAACGUGAAUAUUUAAAAUAAAAGGAUUCAAUUUAAA